AGAGGGAGCGGGAGGGGAGGAAUUUGUGCUAUCGCUCCGUUGUAAGUGUACACUACGAGGGGCACGUCGACGUCAAUCGACUGCUCGAAGCCCACGGUCCUCACCGCACAGUGGCCGCCGUUACGUUGACGUGUAAUUAUGAGUUGUGGAUUCGUCACCUGCGGCCCGAACGAGGCUCUCGUCGUCUCAGGAUGCUGCUACAGCAAACCUCUUCUGGUGCCUGGAGGCCGGGUGUUCGUCUGGCCCCUCGUGCAACAAGUACAAAAGAUUUCUCUCAACACGAUGACACUGCAGGUCGAGAGCCCGACGGUGUACACCUGCCAGGGAGUCCCGAUAUCUGUAACAGGCAUAGCGCAGGUGAAGAUUCAAGGGCAAAAUGAGGAAAUGUUAUCCACCGCGUGCGAGCAGUUUCUCGGGAAAUCCGAAGAUGAGAUACACAACAUAGCUCUGGUCACUCUAGAGGGACAUCAACGAGCCAUAAUGGGCAGUAUGACUGUAGAGGAAAUUUACAAGGAUCGUAAAAAGUUUAGCAAGGAAGUCUUUGAGGUGGCGAGCAGCGAUCUAGUCAAUAUGGGCAUUACUGUCGUGUCAUACACUCUGAAAGAUAUUAGAGACGAGGAAGGGGCAAAGGGUUAUUUGCAAGCACUUGGUAUGGCACGUACAGCAGAAGUGAAGAGAGACGCUAGAAUAGGCGAAGCGGAGGCUCGCAGAGACGCUCAAAUUAGGGAAGCUAUUGCCGAGGAGCAGAGAAUGGCCGCGCGUUUCCUAAAUGAUACGGAUAUCGCAAAAGCGCAGCGUGAUUUCGAGUUGAAGAAGGCUGCUUACGAUGUCGAGGUCCAAACUAAAAAAGCUGAAGCAGAAAUGGCAUUUGAGUUGCAAGCGGCAAAGACCAAACAGAGGAUUAUGGAGGAGCAGAUGCAAGUGAAGGUUGUGGAGCGCAGUCAGGAGAUCGCCGUGCAGGAGCAGGAGAUGAUGAGACGCGAGAGAGAAUUAGAGGCCACUGUACGACGCCCCGCUGACGCGGAAAAAUACCGAUUAGAGAAAAUGGCCGAGGCAAAUAAGUUGCGCCUCGUUAUGGAGGCUGAAGCCGAGGCUGAAGCUAUUAAGAUUCGCGGUGAGGCGGAAGCCUUCGCCAUCGAGGCGAAAGCUAAGGCGGAGGCAGAACAGAUGGCGAAGAAAGCUGCGGCAUGGAGCGAAUACAAGAGCGCAGCCAUGAUAGACAUGUUGCUCGAUACGCUUCCGAAGGUUGCCGCCGAAGUGGCCGCUCCUCUGUCUCAAGCAAAAAAGAUAACCAUGGUUUCCAGCGGUAAUGGCACUAUCGGCGCUGAGAAACUAACCGAGGAAGUUUUUAAUAUUGUACAGCGUGUUCCAGAUCUUGUUAAAAAUUUGACCGGCGUAGACAUUGCGAAGUCGGUUCACGCAGCGUAAAUGGGCGGCAUGAAAGACAGUCGAAUGUUUUUCCAGGUCAUGUGUUCUUCAAUGUACAUUCACGAGAAGUACUCGGCGGAUCCCUUCGUUAUGUAUUUGCUUUAAAUAUCUUGCUCUGUAGUGUGGGCCAAGUGUAAUUGAACGUCGGAACUUCCUGUAUUACGAAAAUUCAACACUUUCACUGCCAUUCUAUAUAGCAUCUGUCCAAAAAGAAAACACGCGUGUAUACGGUUUUAAAUUGACGCAUUACUUUCGGUUUCGAGAGUCAACAAGUGUAAAUGAUUCGAUAAUAUUGUGGCAUUUUAAGAAUACAAGUACUUUAGCACAAGGAAUUUCCGUUAUCUGUUCAUUCCAAUAAUUUUUUACUAAUCCAGACAGUGAAAGUGUGGUAAUAACAUUACUUUCGCUUAUUACUGAUAUUAUUUUUAUACCAGUCGACUUUUAAUUAAGAUCUUACUAACUGCUUAGUAUAUUUUCCUAACUCGAUGUAUUUUUAAAUAAAAAAAAAACAAUGUGUGCGUUCUCUGUCGAAUCUCACGAGGGGGUGGCCGAUUAUGCCGGCACCCCCCGUUUAUCUACAAUUCUAUGCCAAUAUGUGCCGAAUGCAAUUUCUCCAAAUGUUCUAUUACAUAUUUAUCAUACAAAUACAAUUAUCAAGCAUCCGUUUAGAUCUGUUAGAGAGUGAAAAUAUUUGAUGUUUCUCAACAUCGCACUUAAUAUCGUUCAACAUAAAGAGAUCUUUCUUCUAGUCCUCGAUAUAAAUUUAUAUACAUAUAACUUUUGGCGUGAGCGUUCUAUUUUCUGUAUCUGUACAAGAUAAAAAGGACAAAAAAAUAAGUAAUAUAUUUUAUCCCACGUUUAUAUAUAUAUGAAAGUCAUAGAGAUCACUGUGAUCCGAUCAUUUAUAUGAAUCAUAGCUGUAACUUUUGAAUAAAAGCUUCUGACACCACA